AUGAUGUCCUACAUGAAGCAGCCUCAUUACUCUGUGAACGGCUUGACUCUGUCCGGUACCGGGAUGGAUCUCCUGCACUCCGCCGUCGGUUACCCCAACACUCCGCGGAAGCAGCGGCGCGAGAGAACCACCUUCACGCGCGCGCAGCUCGACAUCCUCGAGUCACUGUUCGCCAAGACGCGAUACCCGGACAUCUUCAUGAGAGAGGAGGUGGCUCUCAAGAUCAACCUGCCAGAGUCCAGAGUCCAGGUGUGGUUUAAGAACCGUCGUGCGAAAUGCCGCCAACAGCAGCAGCAACAGACCAGCGGUCAGUCCAAACCCAGACCGCCAAAGAAGAAGUCAUCUCCGGCCCGAGAGCCCAGCGUUAGCGAGCCCAGCGCCAGCACCAAUGGCCCCUACAGCCCUCCACCUCCUCCGGCCCCGAGCUCCAGCUCCACCAGCGCCACCGUGUCCAUCUGGAGCCCGGCCUCCAUCUCUCCGCUUCAGGAUCCGCUGUCGGUCUCCAGCACGCCCUGCCUGCAGCGCUCCAGCGCCUACCCCAUGACCUACACCCAGGCCCCAGCCUACGGCCAGAGCUACGCCUCCUCCUCGUCCUACUUCACCGGGCUGGACUGCAGCUCGUAUCUGUCCCCCAUGCACCCGCAGCUGUCAGCCACAGGGGGCGCUCUCAGCCCCAUGGGCGCAGCACUCGGCCAGUCGCCCGUCUCGCUCUCGUCGCAGGGCUACACCGCUGCGUCGCUGGGCUUCGGCGCCGUCGACUGCUUAGACUACAAAGACCAAACAGCGUCCUGGAAACUCAACUUCAACACUGCGGACUGUCUGGACUACAAGGACCAGAACUCCUGGAAGUUCCAGGUCCUGUAG